AUGGGUUGCGGAUCGUCCUUGUCAGCAGAGUUUCAAGAGAAAUACACAGCUUCAAUUCAACUCUCCGCAGCUCAAAAGUACCUCGUUCGAGAAACAUGGGAGUUUGUGGAACAACGUAGGAGUUAUGUAGGGAAGAGGAUGUUUUUGAAGUAAGUGUAUUUGUACCAGAUAACAAGCGUUACUUAAGGGCACACGGAAAGUCUCAUUUCUUUGCUCUUAAAACACCACAAACGACUUGUAUGCAUACCAUCUACAAGCGUUUUCGCCUGUCAUCCACGGUUAAACCGCACCGGAAAAUGCUGAUAAAAACGAGCACUUUCGAGAACUCACCAGUGUAUAGGGGCACCCAACGACGGUUUCCUCCUAAAUGCAUUGAAAACAAGUUUUAGGCUAUCCAGAGUAGAUCUCUAGAAAUGUAUUCAAGUGGCGCUAAAAACAGUCACUUGGUGCUCCCGAGUGUACAGCUGCCCAGUUUCCUCAAGAAAAAAUCGGAAAAGCAUUCCCGGCCUUUUUCGAAGAGAGAAGAACCUUGUCCAUGGGUUUGAUGAAUAUAUUUGAUACCCUUUUAUAUUCGCAGAUUCUUUGAAAACAAUCCCGAAUACAAGUGCCUGUUUCCAGAAUUUAAAGAACUCUCGCUAUCGGACAUAGAGAAAACCAAAGAAUUACAUGGGCAUGCAAAGCGCGUUAUGAAAGCUUUGGAAAAUGCAGUGUCGGCGAUGGAUGACGCAGAGAUUUUUGCAGCGUAUUUGGAUGGACUUGGCCGGAGACAUAAAGAUCGACCUAUGAAACCACUACACCUAGAUGUAAGUGAGUCUAAGUGA